AAGCCCCAGCAGGUGCUGCGUUUCUCGAGGCGCAAAAGAAAAUCGGCGGCAGUACCGGAAACAAGUGAAAAUGUGGCCCGAGGUGGAAACCGCCAAGGACGAGAAUCGCCGGGAGCUGAAGCUGACAGGGGCGAGCGUGGCCAAGCGAAUCACCGACAAUGCCGGCUGCUUGGAUGAGGCCAUCUACGGUCUCGCCUCGCUCAAUCUGCUGGACGUUAACGAUACGCCGUUGCAAGUGAUUUCACCACGGCUUGCUUCGUUGACUCAUCUGCAAUCGUUGCUGCUCUUCCGGAACAAAAUAGCGGAAUUACCGGCUGCGAUUGGGACACUGGGCGAACUGAAGGUGCUCGAUCUGUCCGGAAACAUGUUGACCGAUUUGCCGGCCGAGUUUGGCCAGCUACGUUCCCUGACCACGCUGAAUCUUUCUUUCAAUCUGCUGAAAACGAUCCAGCUGACGCAGUUGGCCCACCUGAGCGUUUGCAAUCUGUCCGGCAAUCAGCUGGAAGAGGUGCCGGAGUUUUACGUUGGUGAGGUGCACCAUCUCACGGUGGUUAUUCUGGAGAAAAAUCUCAUCACGGAGCUACCGGAAGCACUGACGCGGCACCAGAUACUGAAGACGCUCAACGUGGCCGAUAAUCGGAUCGAACAGGUCCCAAAGUAUGUCAGCAAGUGCGUUAAGCUGAAAGAAAUCAACCUCAAGGGAAAUCCGCUGAAGGACAAACGAUUGCUGAAGCUGGUCGAUCAGUGCCGCAGCAAGCAGGUCCUCGAUUACGUGGAGAAAAAUGGAUUCCAAGCGGCGAGGGCAGCGAAGGCUUCCAAAAAAGGCUCCUCAUCCGAAGCAUCACAGGAGGCCAAUGAAGACGCAUCAGCUGCGACUACGCCAGAGGAAGAAUCACCACAACAGGAGGCUGUGGAUGAACCUCAGCUAAAGAUCGUAAUCCGCAAAGUGACACCAAAUACACCGAAAGUAUCGUUCACGGCCGAAGCUAGAUCCACCCGGCCACACGCGCUCUUCUGCAUCGUCCGCAACUUUCCGGUAACCGAUUUGAAAAAGUUUCUCCAACUGCAGAACAGUCUCCAUGACAUCGAGUGUGCAAAGCGUGAAGUAGCAACGAUCGCAACCCACGAUCUGGCCAAGGUGAAGGGCACGAGCUUGCGCUAUCAUGCGGCUCCACCGGAGGACAUUUCGCUAAAGACACUCGGCAGUGCCACGCAAAUAACGGCGGCCAAGUAUUAUGCCGAUCUGCGGCACCAUGCCGAGCAGGUCCGGAAGGAUAAGAAGCGCAACACGUACUCCGGUGUUCACAAGUUCAUUGCGUUGCUCGAGAACCAGCCCCUUUUUGCGUACUUGAGUGACGACGAGAAGGUUAUCAGUCUGCCUCCUUUGACGAACUGUGACGAGACGAAAAUUACGAACACAACACGGGACCUGUUGCUGGAGGUGACGAGUGAUGUCGAUCAUAGGCAAUGCGUACGCGUGAUGAACGCACUGCUUCACCGGAUGCUUCUGAUGGACGUGGAGCCAAUCGCACCGGGGACGAACGGCGUAAGUGCGGCAGUGGUUGGAAAAUCGAAAAAAUCGAAAGCCUCCGCACCGAAAGUGGAAACGGUCCGGUAUGAUCGCUCGGUGACGCUGGAGGUGGAGCAGGUCGAACUGUACGAUUCCGUGGCCGGCCGGCUGCAUUCCGUGUUUCCCGGUAAAGGCGAUGUCGUAGGAGAUGAAGCGAAGGGCAUAGUGGUUGCCCCUAGUUUGAUUUGAUCCAAACAAAGGAUCUAUUCUUUUUGUGACCAAAACCAACGAUGUUUCCUUAUUUUUUUCCUUAACAAUGUACCUAAAACAGUGAGCUAAUAAAGCCUUCAUGUGUGAGAUCACAUUGUCCGCGCAAA